AUUCAACUCUCUCAACAAACUGUACCUACUACCUGCGGCGGUACCGGGAAAGGCGCAGGCAGUACCGCGUCGGCGCUUUGUAUGCACCACCCGUGACGCAAACGGGCAGUGGUGAUCGUACCGCUCUACGUCGAAAUAAUACGACGCUUUCUCCGCUGCCUUUUCCGUUUUCAACGCCAGUAGACGGUAACCUGUUGCCUUAGCGGCAAGUACCCACUUAACGACUCCAAAGGAAGAUGUGCGAAAUUUCGAGUAUGGAUUACGACAUGAAGUUGAUCGAAGAAGUAAAAAGAUACCCGGAAUUAUACGACAAUUCGCACAGGAAUUUCAAGAAUAAAGAAUUAAAAGCCACGUUGUGGAAAGAUAUCGCUUAUAAGAUGAGAAAACAAACGGACGAGUACUCUGUGAAGACCGUUCGUAUGAGAUGGAAGAGCCUCCGAGACUCAUACGUCAAAGAGAUAAAGUACAAAAUGGCGUUGAGUAGCGGACAUAACGUGAAACCGCGUAAAAACUGGCGUUACAGCAAUUGCAUGACAUUUUUGGCGCCGUUCCUCGCGAUCAGUUUUCCCUUGACGAACAAUAAACAAUUUUCCGAUGAAUCGAGUGAGGUAAUAAAAGAAGAAAACGAACAAGCGGAUCAACCUUAUUUCAUAGCUGUAAAUUCGUCGCAAGAAGAAGCAGCUAACGGUCAUUUUUUAGGCGCAUUGCUAGAUUUUUCUAAACAAGAAUCUCCGUGCGUAUCGGCAAAAAGUGACGACAGCGAUAUCGAUUCUUUUUUUAAGGGUGUCGCAGACACCGUGAAAAAAUUCAGUGCCGUGAAUCAAGUUUUUAUACAAAGGAAUAUCGUCAAUAUGGUAUUGGACAUGAAAUUGAGAGAGGCGCACGAAAGGAUGAGUCACGAAAGGAACGUUAGUGAUAAUGAUUGAUAUUUUUAUUUCGAAAAAAUUACGAGGGUUGUACCAAUAGUAAGGUUACAGAUACAAAUAGAUAACCUUGUUCAUUGUUAAUUCAUACAUCGUUGAAAAUAUAACACUGUUGUCUAUUUUUUAAACACAGUAUCCAUUUAUUUCGACAUAUUUUUAAAGACGGUACUUCAGCUAUCGUAUUUCUGAGAAUCAUCCUGCCAUCCUGCCGAUCGUGGCUUCAAAAGUUCCUUUGUUUGACGAGCGAUGUGGAGUCGAGCGUUGUCUGAGUUUAUUGUCGUCCCAAGCUGCACGAAAUCGAUGAGGAGUACCCCCUUCUGAUCCCAAAACAUAAUCGACAUAACCUCUCCUACCGACUGCGAUUGUUCGAAUUUCCUUGGUGCUGGUGAACCAAGUUAAGGCGUUGUUCUCAGUGUCGGUUAUUCAAAUUUUUAUUUGAAGUUAUCUAUCUUCAAGCAGCUCACGGCAAUCGCAGUUCUCCACAACGUUCUUCGUCUUGAACUUUCAUGUAACCCUAGCAAAAGCCCUACACCAUUUGCGGACGUGCUAUCUCCACCAAAAACUUGAGUCAGUUGCCUUGAAUCCUCAUGAGCAGUAAUUUCUUUGCGUGGUUACUGGUAAGCGAAUACUGAGUGGCGUAGCGGACAAACGGGUUCGUGUGUGGGGGAACUACUGCAUACGGUACAGUUGUCGGAUUUAAACAUGGCGCAGACCUACGUAAUGUCGCUACCAAGAUACUAACAGACUGCUUGACUACGCCGUACCUUACGUAGACCACAACGGCAACGUUACGUUGAUGACGUUCUAUUUAAUGGAACAAAUUAUUGAAUGUCAUACUGAACAAGUUUGAACACGCACGUACUAUCUUAGCGACGUUGUUAUUCUGUUAUUCGUGAAUCUGUUUGUAUCUUAGGAGGUGCAUUGUGUAGGGCAACCGUCUCUGCGUGUAUUUUUCUUGUAAAAUACUCUCAUUUUGUAACAGAAUAUACCCUAAAUCUGUAUCCCUCUAUAAAGUUCUGCCGUUUUCUUUAUCUUCUUCUUCCAAACACAGUACGAUCAUUACUGAAUGUUUUUUCGCGCAAGACCGUCACGAUUUUUUGAAUCAAUUCUGGUUAGUACGUUUCUUUGGUGUUGCAGCUCGUUUCGAACUUUACUAUUGGUACAAACCUCGUACUUAGAUGCUAUAAAUAUUGUUUUUUCUUUCAUUGCAAAUUCGAACGCAGAAGUGUCCGAAAUGGCUGAAUCUUUAACACAUAUUACCGAAAUUUUUAGACAACCCUCGUAUAUGAUUGUAUUAAGUAUUUCUGAAAUCUAAUUUCUUUAGGAAUACUGAUAUCUCCACCGAAGAACGUGAUGUCCAACGACUCUUAGUCGAUAUUGACAUAAAGACCGAAAAAUUAUUAGAAAUAGCCACGAUUUCGAAAAACUAUUUUUUUGAAUAGUUGAUGAUAUCUCUUUUCGGGUGUAUUCGAAUCCAUAUUCAGACUCUCCAAAAGGGAACGCGAGUAUCCCAAAGUGGACGAUGCAUUCGCCUUCACUCGCCUCGCUUCCUUGUCGGUUUUACGGGCGCGUAAAUCGAAAUUAUCAGCAGCCUCCGGGAGGCGUUUCUCGGUCAUAACAUAUUUUGUGAUUUAAAAAAAUGUUUCGGCACAUAACUGUGAUACCGGUUUAUGUUUUUGAUCUGAUACGUUUGCUGGCGAAAAUAAAAUUGAUUUUUAUAAAUUAAUCAAUGUUUAGUUGAAAAAGGUCGUCGAUAAGUUACGUUACAUUAAUUUGAUGAUUUUUUUUUUCAUUUCUUCCUGAUGCUACCCCUCCUAUAGGGUCUUAUCAAAAAAUUUUAUGUUUACAAGUAAUUUAAAACUCUUUUUUAAGGUAUGACGUAAUUUAUUGAUGGUUACUAGGGGGUGUAAAUAAAUUUUUAAAAGAAUAUAUUUUCUUUUCCUUUUUUACAAUUUAAAAAAUACUUUUUAUAAAGAAAACACGAAAUUUCAAUAAUGAAAAUUUUGUUUUAUUUUUGCCAACAAGUCCAAUUAGAAUUUACGUAUUUAAAAAAAAAACGAAUAAAGUCCUAUUUGUUGUACUUAAACCCUAUUAAUUAUAAUUGUUGCUUGUACAUAAAUAUAUUUUUCAAUUUUUUGGUAUAUUUAGUUAAGAAUUCUCAUUUUUUUUGUAAUUACUUUCAGUUAAUCGUUAUAAUAAAAUUUAUAUUAAUUUAUUUUUAUGAUUAUAUAAACUUUCCCUUUCGCCCUUUCGGAAAGAAUAGAUUCAAAAAUGAGUUUAUCGAACUUCAUUCCUUUUAAUACCUCACUUAAUGAAAAAACAUUUCCAUUUAUGGGAAAGUGAUGAUGAUCCAGCGUAAUUAGUAAUACGUUUGGUAUUGGAGCACCUACGAUUUUCAGAUUCAGAAUAAAAAAAAUGUUUCAAAAACCACGUAGAGCUCGAAAAUUUCAAAUAGAAAUUAAUUUGAAAGACGAAUUCGAAGAAAAAUACAAGCGUGCUUCUUUAGAAAAGAAUUUCCGACAGUAGACAAAGUUCUUGUUACAGUUCGAGAAGAGACGGACUCACUCGCCAGUUUAGGAUAGGAAAAUUCACCGAUGGGCCCAGAACUCAACAUUGGUGUGGCUAAAUGCGUUGCUAUCGCGAUCUGCUCGCAAGGCGAGCUCGGAAACACCUGGUGUGACCUCGUGCGUCCCACACUAAACAACUGAUCCAACUAAAUAGGUACGAAACCCGACUAGUUACCGGACACAUCCAUCUACGACGCCAUCUCCACACCAUGGGCAUCACGGACGAUCCGGAGUUCUGUUGAUGCAUGGAGGAGGACGAAACCGCAGACCACGUCAUCUGCCCUGCACUACGAGCGUUGUAUAAACACUUGGACAAGUCUUACAACUUGCCCAAUGAAAUCAAAGGGUUCAAGUCAAAACUCCUCAAAGGACAUCGGCCUUUGGUAAUGUCAAAUGGGACACGAGAGACAGAAAUCCAAGACACUCAAUC